AUGGCUACUAUGAGACAGCCGGUGCACGGCAAGACCAUCUCAGCGGCACCUGUGACCACGGCCUUCUAUGGCGCAUUGGCAGGCAUGAUGGAGGCAUUAGUCUGCCACCCACUGGAUACUAUCAAAGUCAACAUGCAAACCAAGAACACGACAGCAACCCUACUCCCACAGAGACCCGGAGACCAAACGUUGGUGAGAACAAUACAGUCAAUAUAUCAUCAGUCCCCAACGUCAUUCUAUCGCGGCCUUGGAGCAGUUCUUCUAGGAAUCGUGCCCAAAAUGGCCAUUCGAUUCACCAGUUUCGAAACAUACAAGGCUAUCCUCAAGAGACCCGACGAGAAAGCUCUCACCUCGGGAAGGUUACUUCUUGCCGGUUUAGCUGCAGGAAUUACAGAAGCAGUCCUUGUUGUAACCCCAACAGAGGUUCUGAAAAUUCGCUUACAGACUACAAAGCCACAAGGUGGUGUACCUGGUGCCGUGGCCGUCGGAUACAGAAAUACGCCAGAGGCGCUGUACACCAUUGUACGGACCGAGGGUGUCAAGGUUUUAUGGACCGGCAUAGGAUUGACAGCGGCUCGACAAGGGACAAACCAAGCUGUGAAUUUCUUCGCCUACACGAGAAUCCGUCAGGCUCUGGUGGACAACCAGCCGCACUACCAUUCUUCUGGUCUACCAUCCUGGCAGACUGGCCUGAAUGGCUUUCUAGCCGGAUCGCUUGGUCCUUUGGCCAAUGCUCCAAUUGACACAUUAAAAACUCGGAUUCAGAAAAGUGGAAACAGAGGAAAUGAAUCGGAGCUGUCUCGCCUCCUUCACACGUUCCAGGAUAUUGUGCGUCAGGAUGGUUACAGGGCUCUGUAUAAAGGGAUUCUGCCCCGCGUGUUGCGAGUGGGCAUUGGUCAGGCUGUUACCUUUAGCACGUAUGAGGCGUUGCGAAGAUGGUUGUGA